AUGGAAGAUGGAAGAUGGACCACUGAAAAAUGGCGACUUUCUUGCGAGGAGACAAAUGUCGAAUACGCUCGUUUUAGUGCUCUUACCUCCGAUGAUGAUGAGCCGUUGUUCAGAAAGGAUGACAAGGAGUUUGAGAACUCUUCCGAUUAUUUCACUGCCAACGACGAUGACUUCAUCUUUCCAUACCCUACCAUGAAAUCUCGUAAUGCUGACAUUUUUUGA